AUGUAUUUACGAACAAAUUCAAAUUAUGAACCAAAAGAGUCGACAUUUGACGAGCAAGAACGUCAGAAAAUUUUACGUUUACAUCGUGAAAUGCAUGAUGGUAAAGGCGUACCUGCUGCUGUGAAUGGUCAACUACCUCGUCUAGAAUGGCUCUAUUCGGGUGAUAAAACAACCUCCCAAGAUUAUCUUCUUGGAAAAAAAUUCAAUGAUAAACAGCCACCUCCUAUAGAAACGAUAAAUCCUGAUUAUGUAUCAACAUCGACAAUCGAUUUAGCAAAUAAAAUUCGAGAAGAUCCGCUAUUUAUGAUUAAAAAAAAAGAAAUUGAACAACGAAGAAGAAUUUUAGAGAAUCCAGCACGUUUAAAACAAUUGAGAGAUGUAUUAGAACGAACAGAACAUGACGAACAACAAUCGCAUCAGAGAAGAAAAAAACACUCCCAUCAUCAUCAUUCAAGGCAUAGUCGUUCUCCGUCACCAUCAUCGGUCCAUCGAACACGAGAGAGAUCACCAUUGACUCAUAAAAGACGAUCCUCGCCUCCAUUUUCACACAAAAGAGAAUUACCACCUUCCAGAUCAUCUUCAUCGACUAAACCUUCAAAAUCAUCAAAAUUAAGUUCUGACGAACGUGAUCGCCGUUUACAAGAAAUGAUGUCAAAUGCUCGAUGGCGUGAUAAUGUUCGUGAAUCAAAUGUUAAAAAAUUGAAAGAACGUGAAGAACGAGAAGAACAAUUUAAUGAAAACGUUCGAAAAAGACAAAAUGCCAAUUCAGAUUCAGAUGAUGAUACGCGAGCAUUUCUAAAACCAAUGUUAAAACAAGCCUUUAACGAACCACAUCUACACAGACGCGAUAUUAAACAUAAAAAAACAUAUAGAAAUUGA